CGGAAAAAGAAUACACCUAAACUGGCGCGUGCGCAGAACCGCGAAUGAGCAGGAGGCAGCGGGCUUGCGCGGGGACGCGGCGGCGCAUGCGCGGGGCGACUUGUGGCCAGUGAGCCGCACUGAGUCCCUUUUCCUCACGCGGUGGCUGUUACUUUAUAGCUGCCGGGUCCUUGUGAGGGUGAUGGAUUUUGAGAAUCUUUUCUCCAAGCCCCCCAACCCGGCCCUGGGUAAAAAUCCGACCACGGACUCUGAUGAAAGAAUCGAUGAUGAAAUAGAUGAUACAGAAGUUGAAGAAACACAAGAAGAGAAAAUAAAAUGGGAAGUAAAACUGGAGUGUGAGCAAAUACCCAAAAAAUUUAGGCACUUGGGGAACUCUACAGCAUCACCGAAGAAAUUGCUACAUAGAAAAUCAAGAAGUAAGGACUAUGAUGUAUAUAGUGAUAAUGAUACCUGCAGUCAGGAAUCAGAAGAUACUUUUGCUAAAGAGCUUCAGCAGUAUAUACAAGCUAAAGAAAUGGCAAAUGCUGCUCAAUCCUUACCAUUUCCUGAAGAAUUGAAGAAAGAGGGAGUGAAGGACACCCAGAAAGUUGUUAAACAAAAAAAUAAAAACCUUAAAGCUGUACAGAAAAAUGGUAAACAGAAGAAAAUGAAGCGAAAAUGGCCUGGCGCCGGACACAAAGGAUCCAACGCUUCACUGAGGAACAGUGGCUCACAGGAACAGGAUGGUAAACCGAAAGAGAAGCAGCAGCAUGUGAGAAUGAGUCAGGGAUUCAUCAACCAACAUACAGUGGAACGCAAGGGGAAACAAGUUUGUAAAUAUUUUCUUGAAAGGAAAUGUAUUAAGGGAGACCAGUGUAAAUUUGAUCAUGAUGCAGAGAUAGAGAAGAAAAAGGAAAUGUGCAAGUUUUAUGUACAAGGAUAUUGUACCAGAGGUGAAAAUUGUCUGUAUUUGCAUAAUGAAUAUCCUUGCAAGUUUUACCAUACAGGAACAAAAUGUUAUCAGGGUGACUAUUGCAAGUUUUCACAUGCUCCACUGACUCCUGAAACACAAGAAUUGUUGGCCAAAGUUUUGGAUACUGAGAAGAAGUCAUCAUGAAAAUAAAGUUUUGUAUGGAUGAAGAGUACUUAUGUCUACGCCUGUUCAAGACUGUUGAUUUGGAGUGGUUUACAAGAGUCCUCAUUUAAAGCGCCCUCUUGUGUCAUUAUGAUGUUGUGCAUCUUCUCUAAUCGAUGGUGGGAGGGGCAGAAUCUAGUGUAUAAGUGAGGGGAUUGGUCUUCACCAAGCUGUUCCAACCAGUGGAACAGGAAAGGAACAUAUACGGCAGAGAUGCUGCUGGCUGGUAGGCAAAUGUUGUGGUAGUAAAUUGCAGAAGUCUUUUCUGAUUGAGUUUUGUCAGUAAAAUAGGAAGGAAGAUUAGGCUGAAUGCAGAUGCAUGAAGAGAUACAGGAGAUUGAAGAGAGAAAACUGUUAGGUUUCUCUAGGAACACAUUGGGAUAGCAGGUAGAUGAUGACUAUACAGUUAGAUCUUUUCAUGUCAUUAAAUACAUUUGCAACAUAUUUUUAAUGGUUGCUCACAAUUUUGUUUUAUGGCUUAAAUUACAGUUUUGUGAUUUUUUAAAACCAUUUUCCUGUUGUUUCCAAUUUCUUAGUGUUGUAAAUAAAAUGGAACAAUGUCUCUUGCUAUACCAUUCCUAAACUUGGAGUUUUUAACUUUUUUGUUAAGAUAUAAGAAUGGUUAUCUUUCUCAUUGGUGCAUAAACUGUAGUGAGACUGUACAUUUGUGUAAAGUGUAAAUUUUAGAAAUGUGAUGGCAUCUCUAACAUAAUCAUCAAAUAGAAAGUUCUCCAAGCACAGAUAAUGGAAUUCUAAAUAUGCACUUUUAUAUAGUGGUACUGAUUAUUAUUAGAACAAUACUAUGAGCCUGAAACUGUCGUUAUCAUAUUGUUAUAUUGCUGGGAAGAAUAAUAGCAUCUCUAGCUUGCUGGAUACAUAGAGUACACCAAAGGUAAUGACAAUUCUUAACAAAGUCCUGUUUGAAAACAUGAGUCAGUUAUUUUGCUUAUAACCUAAUCCUGCUAACAUAAGAAAUGGAGUUGCACAUAUUUCAAGCAAAGGUUUAUCAGACAAGACCUAGGAAAACAAGAAACCAGGAUAGUUCCUGGGCCCUUAGCAUAGGAGUCUCUGAGCUAAGAGUGUCAUCUCUUCAUGGACCAUUGCUCUCUGCCAGGUUGAUUGGUUUAUUCCCUGGCUGUGGCUAGGGAGGAGGGCAAGACAAUGCACUAGCGGCUGCCAGAGGAAGUCACAGAGGAGAGAGGUUGAGUUGAUACUUCAAAAGGAUCCUUUGCAAAAGCCUUCAAUAAUUUAAUGAAAUUGUGCAAAGAAGUGGUUAUAUCACCUGUAGAAUUGAUACUUUGUAUCUUUAAACAUCAUAUACAAUUCAAAGGAUUUCCACAUAUAUCAUAGCUCACAAUUGCAGAAGGUCAAUUUUGUGGCAAAUUUGUAUGUUAGUUAACAUUGGUGGACAGUAAGCUUACAUUUAUGCACACUUACCAUCCAUGUGCUGUAUGCUAUUUCAUUUAAUACUGUUUAACGUUCUUAUUUAAGCCAUAUAACUCUAUGAGGUGGAUAUGGGAUCAACUGCAUAGAAAAGGGCAUAAAUAGGAACAUUUACCUUCUACUUUCCUAUUUCUAAGAACCUUGAUAGUACUUAACAUUUAAUUUUCUAUGACAGUUUAACAGUUUAUUUCCUUAUAAUGUUAAUUCACAUACAGUUUAUUUCCGAUGAGGCACAAAUGUUUACAUAUAAAGUUCAUUUUAAGAAAAAAAAUUUUAUACUUCAAGUGGCAGUAUCCAUACCACUUGUAAAACUUAAAAGACCGAGCAGAGGUUUCAGGGACUGAGAAGUCAGAGAAAUUUAAAAAGCUCUUAUUUAAUAGGCGCCUGGGGGGCUCGGUCAGUUGAGCAUCUACCUCUUGAUUUCAGCUCAGGUCAUGAUCUCACGGUUCAUGGGUUCAAGCCCCGUGUCGGGAUCUGCGCCGAUAGCACCGAGCCUGCUUGGGAAUCUCUCCCUCUCUCUCUUUCUCUGCCCCUCCCCCAUAUGUAUGUGUAUGUGCAUGUGCAUGCACUCUCAAAUGAACGUUUUUUAAGCUCUUAUUUAACAGCCAUUGUUUUGAAGAGGCAGACGUAUUUGUGUCCAUGAAAUCUCUUAACUUCUGUUAAAUCAGGUUGAGGAGAGCCAGUUCUCUCUGAUGUGCCCUUUGUACCUAAAGCAGUCAUUAGGCUGUGAGUCUCUUCUAUCUGAGUUAUUAUAGCACCUUCCAGCGAAAUCUCCUGCCUCCAUUUUCUACUUCUUCUCUCUAGUUACUCUCUUUUCCUCAGUUAGAGCCCAUUUCCCAGUGUCCUGCUUCAGCCAUCCCUGCCCACGUGUAGUCUGAAUCAAGAUCCAUUCGUCUUCCAGGUCUUAAAUGCUUUGUCGUAUGGCCAUCUCAGCCAUACCACGUUUAGUUCCUGCUGCCUUCUCCUCACUGCUCCUCUUGGUUUUCUUCUGUGAAGUAAACAUCAGUGACCCUUGAUGCAGCUCCAAGCAGAUACACGAAUACUAAAACCAUAGUUUGGAGUGACUUGACUGGACCAGUCAGUAGAGCAUGCAGCUCUUGAUCUCAGGAUUGUGAGUUCAAGCCCCACAUUGGGCAUGGAGCCUACUUAAAAUAAAAAUUAAAAAAAAUUUUAAGCCAUCAUCAGUUAAAAAUAUGGACCAGAAGAAAUGUACAUAAGAGAGUUGUAAUAGGAAAGUCCGUACAUGGAUUUCUAUAUCAUUUGGCCAUCAUGAUUCACAUGGCUAUAUUAAAUUUAUCUCUGAUCUUUUUUGGAGCCAAAACAGAAAAGAUAAAGUGGUUACUUGUUUGACCUCUUUUGAUCAGAAAGGAGGUGAUAUGUAAAAACCUCACCUCUUCUAAUAAUUCAUGUAAACAGUUCUUACGUGAGUCCUCAUUGUGGAAAUCACUAAGUAAAGUGAACAAAAUUUUUAUUUCUAAGAUUCUGUGUAACAGGUUUCAUAUAACUUUUUUUUUUGUGGUCAGUUACUAAAAGCCACAAGACUGUAAAACUCAAUUUUUUUCAGAUGGUAAGACACUAGAAGUUGAGUGUGUAGUCUUUUGGUGUUUUGACUUAAUACAAUUUUAGGAUUUAAGGAAUUCGGACUCACAGAUGUUAAAUGACUUGUCCCUGUCUUAAUAGGUUUCCUGACUUCUAGCACAAGUGUCUCAGUUCACUGACUGGUUUUGAUAAGUAUAACCAUGGUGGGGAGGUUGCAUUCAAAGAUUUCUUCUGAGCUGUUGCUUGUUGAGGUCAGAAUACCAUGUGAUUUGGUGAUCUGGCCUAAGGAAUAUGGGGCUCAUACUGCCAAUUAGAAGCACAAAUGCCACAUUUGGAGUUUACUGAGAUCAGAAUAUCUCAGGUUAAACACCUGCUGAAUGCUAGGAUUAUAUAUAUGAAAUCCUUUUCAGUACCCAUUACAACCCUAUAAUAGGAUUAUUAUAGCAAUGGUAGCUGAGGAAACCAUGUCUGUAAGAAGGCGUUACCUGCCUUGAGUAUCCAUAGCUUAUAUACUUAGUUGCAUACCAUUACAUGUGUUUUCUCCCCUUCUUAACAGAAUUUUAGUUUUGCUUAGGUGUCGUUCCUUCCUCCAUGACAUCAUCUGUGGUUUGUAGAUGGUGGGCUCUGACUUCAACCCUUCGAGUUGUAUCAACAAGAAUCUGAAGUUGUGGUUCUCAACCUUGGCUUCUCAUUGAAUUCUUUUUAAAAGGAGAACUUAAAAAACAAAACAAAACAAAAAAACAACUGAUGCCUGGGGGCUACUCCCAGAAAUUCUGACUUUUUUUUGGCAGGGGAUAGGGUUACAGGGAGGCCUGGGGUGUGAACAUGAGAUUUUCAGUAGCUCCCAGGUGAUUCUAAAGUAUAGCCAAGGUUGAAAACCACUAAUGGAAAUGCCAUUUUUGCCAGUAGUUGGUUUAGGCUUGAAAUAUGAUAACGUGUCCUCUGGUACACUUCUGGGAAAGUUAUCAUUUCUUGAGGUACACAAGAAGGAGGUUAGACAUUGCCAUGUCUAAAUAUGACACCCGGAACUGAUGCUGCCAUCUUAUGACCUCAAGGGGAGCUAGCUAACCAGCUGAAGGUGACACAGAAGGAAGUUGGGAAGAAGCUGGGUUCUUGAUAGCAGCUGAGCCAUGGAAUCUACCAGCCUUAGGAGAUCCCAACCUUCAGAUUUUGUGUUAUGCCACAUGAGUAAUUCAACAUACUUUCUUUUUCUUUUUUUUAAAGUUUGAGAGAGCACGCGAGCAGGAAAGGGGCAGACAGAAUCCCAAGCAGGCGGCUCAGCACUGUCAGUGCAGAACCCAGCGUGGGGUUCGAACUCAUGAAUUGUGAGGUCAUGACCUGAACCGUAAUCAAGAGUCGGCUGCUUAACCGACUGGGCCACCCAGGUGCCCCUCAACAUAUUUUCUUUACUCUUUUAAGCCAUUUUGAUUUGGGUUCUCUGUUACCUACAGUCAAAGGCAAGCUAAUAAAUGUGAGCCAAGAAUCAAACCUCCAUUCGUCUGUCCAAAGUUCGUGUUUCUCUCCAAUCACCUUCUUCCUUGAAGACUGUGUUUCCUGUCUCUGUUCCUGCAGACAGGAGAGAGUAAGAAGUGGGUGUGAGAAAGGAGGAAACAGGACAGUAGGGAGUGCUGUGUUCCCAGCAUGGAGCAGAAACUGGGAAGGAAAAGAUCUAUUUAAAGCAAAGGAGAGAAUGUAUAUGUUGAGUUGGGAAGGAUAAGAUGCCCAGCUCAGCUCAAAGUGAUACUGAUUCCUGUGAAAUUUGCAACACUCUUCACAUUACUUAAAAAUAAAAUAAGAAAAAAUAGCCAUAUCUUUAGUUGCUGUGUGUCAUUCUGGGAUAUGCAUUUUCAUAGUUAACAUCUCUGAAAUUGGAAUGUAUUUUACAACUGGUGGAAUAUCACAUUUUACUCGGCAGUUAUUUUUUCUUACUGGUACGUAAAAAAUGGUGGAUCUUAUUAGUGACAUUCGCGUAUGAUUGAAUGUAAUUUUUUAAUUGAACUUAUAUGUGCAUAUAGUCAAAAGUUUAUUGUGACAUAAGUUGUUAGGAAAUUUAUUUUGGAUUAAUAAAUUAUGAAAACAUAAAAAGUU